GCCUGGUUGACAUGACAUAAAACGAGAGAGUUCUGAACUUGCUGACCUGUUGAGUUCACGUUCAUUGCACUUUGGGUAACUUAGCAUCCAAGAGCCUGGCACCCCGCCGUCCGCUUGGACUUGAACGGGCUCUAGCUGAAGAACCACAUACCAAUUCCGCGAAGACAAGUCAAGAUGGCUUCGACCAACAGAGCCCAGAAACCCGGGUUUACUUCUUUUGUGCCUGUCAUCGUUUUCCUCCUCUUAAUCGCGAUCGCAGCGUACCUCAAUCCCCGUCGCUCAACACCAAAACCAACUUCCUGCCCGCCGAAGCAGCCUGUAUCAGCUCGCCCUCCCCGAGAACCGGGCAGAUGGACAACCUCAGACUUCAAGAUGCCCACGCCGGAGGCCUACCCAAACUGGUCCAUCGAGCACACGAGGCCGCUCCCCUACCGGCCCUUCCGCUACGGCCCCAAAUACCACGUCACGAUGGGCCUGCGCAGCGUCAAGCACGCCGAGUGGAUCGAGCUCGACAACGAGUACCCGCGCUACCACGCGACCAAAGCCCUCCGCAUCCGCGAGCGCGGCCCCCGGUGCUGCAAGACGGCGCCCGAAGCCUACCCGGCGGCGCUUGAGCUGCUCCAGGACCUGGCCGACUACCUGCCCGCGCGCUACCCCUCGCUGUACCGCCGCACGCCCGACGGGGGGGUGCUGCACAACCUGUGGUCGGGCGAGCGCUUCGACGUCGCGCAGCACCCGCUGGCCGAGGACCCGAUGCAGAUGUGCGCGCGCCUGGUGCAGGACGACCUGGCCAUCAUGGUGGAGCGCGCCGACGGGCAGUACUACCUCCUCGCGGGCGCGAUCCUGCUGCCCGGGUUCUGGCGGCUGGAGGAUAAGUUCGGCAUGGCGCUGUCCGGGAUCCACACCUCUGGCCACGUGCCCCAGUUCCGGGAGACGUUGGAGCGCGGGAUGGCCAACUUUUUCCGCCGCGUGAAGCCCGAGGAGAUGGUGGCGCGGCACAACUACUUCUUGCAGGUUGACGACAAUCUCGCGUGGAGCGAGAGCAUCGGGUCCGAAGACGAUGCAAUGGUCGGCUGGAGCACGGCCGAGAAGGAUCGCGCGAUCGAACACCAUUAUUUUCGGUCAGAGCGGCAGACGUUGAGGCGGUUGCCUCGGAGUGGCGGGGUUGUGUUCACCAUCAGGACAUAUUUCCUCCCGAUUACCGAGAUUGUGAAGGAGGACUAUGUGCCGGGGCGGCUGGCGAGUGCCAUUCGCAGCUGGGGAGACGACGUCAGCCGGUACAAGGGCAGGGAGAGGUACGGGGAUGUGCUGCUUGACUAUCUUGACCAGAAGCAUGGACAGCAGGUGAGGAGGGGGGCUGGCUUUGAGCCGGGAGGGCGAAAUCGACUUAGCCCGUAUCAAUGGCGCUACUGA